GAGGCUCGGUGACGUCACAUGACAGGAGCCCGCGUUCGGCCGUCACACGCAGAGAGCGUUUUAGCGCGACUCGGACGUCACUGGCGCGUUUUGCUUUCCCCGGCUUUAGCGGUGUCGUCAUCAAGCUGCGCCCGACGGGGUCCCUGAGAAGUCGCGGGAAGCGGAGGAGGAGUUAUCCCACGGCAGCCGGUAGUGGCCCCUUCUGUUCCAGGUGAUAUUGAGGAGGAAGAAGGUGUGGUUUCUAUUCACUCUGAUUCAGCUUCUUCUAGAUUGCUUGGUUGUGUAUGUCUGCUGUGAAGUUAUGACCACCUUCAACCUUGACCGCUUCCGUUUUGAUAAGAAUAAAAAAGGGGACCAAGUCUCAAAUGAAGAUGAAGAUGAAGGAUCAAGUCGACCAAGUACUCCAAAGUCUGAGUUAGAGGACAAAGCUGUUACCAGCAUCCCAGAGACUCCUGAAUAUAAGAGACUAAACAAUGUGUCCUUGUUCCAGAAAAAUAAAGGUGUCAGUUUCCUUGAUUCAGGUUCUGAAAAUGAAGACCAUGAAAAUAAGCCCGGUUUCAGCUCCACGCACUGGAAAAUCCACCCACAUCAAGAGAAUGGAUUUUCUGAAUCUUCCACUGAUGAUUCUGAAGAUGAAUGGACUACUUCAAAAAAGACAACUGCAAGAAAUGUACCUCAAAAAACCAAAGAUGAUAAAAUGCAUAAGCUUAAAGAAAUCUUCCCUCAGAGGACCAAUGAAGAGCUGUUACAACUUAUUGAAUCCACUGAAACAUUGGAGGAUGCAGUUGCCGCGGGUGUAGCUCAGUUUGAUGAGAAAGCUUCAUCACGGAAAAGGAAGCUGGAAGACAGUCCCAAACAAAAGUUUAAAGAGCAAAAUUGUAAUGGAAGACAAGUUGCAAAGAAAAAAAAAUCUGACUCUUUUGCUGUAGAUGAAAGUUCUGAUUCAGAUGAUGAUGAUUUUGAAAAACAAGAAGCUAGUGUCAAAAAGCUACAGAAACAUUUUCCUGAUUUGGACAAGGAGGAACUUAGAGAAGUACUUCAAGAACAUGACUGGUCUUUUCAUGAAGCACUUGAGGCACUUAAGUUGUUUGCAGAAGAUGAGCAAGAUGGCUUACAGAAUGCAUCCACAAAUGAUGUGUCUAAUGGCAAAGGAGCUUCCAAAAGCGACAAAAAUAUAGCAAAAAGCAGCACCAAAAAUAAGCAACCUAGUGAUGAACUGGUGCAGAAUGGCUUGAAGAAAAAAUCAAAAGGCAAAAAUAAUGAUGGCAACUUUAAAAGAGACUCAGAAAGCGAGGAGUCGGCAUCGGAUGCUGGCAGUGUUCUGGAUGAAGACUACAGCAGUGGAGAGGAAACAAUGGAGGAAGAAUACAAAGCUAAAAUAGUCAGCUUCUUGCAAGAUGCUUCCCUGGAUGAGCUCUCCCUUAUCCCUCAGUGCUCUUUAAAGAAAGCUCAGAGAAUCACUGAGCUCCGGCCCUUCCAUUCUUGGGAUUCUCUACUUAAUAAAGUAGGCAACACAACUAUGCUUUCACUAGACCUGAUCUGGGACUGCAAAAUUUUGAUCAAAGAGAGACGGGUGGUUUUAAAACUUAUGAGCAAAUGUGAGGAGAUUUCAAAGAAACUUAUGAAGCAAGUCACUCAUAUCACCGAAGACGGGGAAAGUGGAUGGAAUGUACAGCAGCCGGCUAUUCUCUCAGAGAGUCUGGUGCUCAAGCCCUACCAGAAGAUUGGGUUGAAUUGGCUAGUUCUCAUGCACAAACAUAACGUAAAUGGGAUUUUGGCAGAUGAGAUGGGUUUAGGAAAAACAGUUCAAGCCAUAGCAUUUCUUGCACAUCUUUACAUGAAUGGAGACAAUGGCCCACAUGUUGUGAUUGUUCCAGCUUCCACAUUAGACAACUGGGUCAGAGAGUUUAAUCAGUGGUGUCCAGAUCUGAAUAUCUUACUUUAUUAUGGUUCUCAAGAAGAAAGAAGACACUUGCGAUAUGACAUCUUAAAUAAAAUUGUAGAAUUUAACGUUAUUGUGACAACGUACAAUUGUGCUAUCAGCAGUGCCGAGGAUCGCAGUCUAUUUCGUCGUUUGAAGCUCAACUACGCAGUGUUUGAUGAAGGACACAUGCUUAAAAACAUGAGCUCCAUUCGCUAUCAGCAUCUUAUGAAUUUAAAUGCCAAGAAUCGUUUACUGCUAACCGGAACUCCAGUCCAAAAUAACCUGCUGGAACUUAUGUCCCUGCUGAAUUUUGUGAUGCCACAUAUGUUUAGCAGUAGUACCAGUGAGCUCAAGAGGAUGUUCUCUUCCAAAGCGAAAUCUACUGAUGAGCAAAGCACUUUUGAAAAGGAGAGAAUUGCCCAUGCAAAACUGAUCAUGAAGCCAUUUAUUCUCAAGAGAGUAAAAAAUGAGGUCCUCAAGCAGUUGCCUCCCAAACAAGAUCACAUUAAAUUUUGCGCAAUGUCCAAAAAGCAGCAGCAGCUUUAUGAUGAUUUAAUGACAAAACUGAAGAGGUCAAUUGAGGGAUCAGAAAAAAAUUCUGAGCUUUGCAAUGUAAUGAUGCACUUAAGAAAAAUGGCCAACCAUCCAUUGCUACACAGGCAGUAUUAUACAGCAGAAAAGCUGCGCUCCAUGUCCAAGUUAAUGCUCAAGGAGCCUACACAUUGUGAAGCUAACCCUGAUCUAAUCUUUGAGGAUAUGGAAGUUAUGACAGACUUUGAAUUAAACAGGCUUUGCUCUGAAUUUCCAAGCCUCUCGCACUAUAUGCUUGAAAAGCCACUACUGUUAGAUUCUGGAAAAUUUGAAGUUCUUGAGAAACUAUUGUCUGAUCUUAAGGCAAAGGGAAACAGAGUGGUCCUAUUCAGCCAGUUCACAAUGAUGUUGGAUGUUCUAGAAGUUUUCUUGAAACACCACCAGCAUAGAUAUAUUCGCCUAGAUGGGAAAACUCAAAUCUCUGAAAGGAUACAUCUUAUUGAUCAAUUCAAUAGCGACAUGGAUAUAUUCAUAUUCCUUCUAUCUACUAAAGCUGGUGGCCUUGGGAUCAAUCUUACUUCAGCAAAUGUUGUAAUCCUUCAUGACAUUGACUGCAAUCCUUACAAUGACAAGCAGGCAGAAGACCGGUGUCAUCGAGUAGGACAGACCAAGGAAGUUACUGUUUUCAGAUUAAUCGGCAAAGGAACAAUUGAGGAGUCAAUGUUAAAAAUCAGUCAACAAAAGUUAAGACUGGAGCAAGAUAUGACCACUUCUGAUACAGGUGACGAAGGCACUAUACCUCUUGACAUGGCGACACUUCUAAAAACAUCACUAGGUCUUUAACAAGACUUUCUCUGCUUCCUUGAUUCUGGAAAUGCAGUUAAAACCAUUGGUUUUAUACUGACUUUAGGACUUUGAACACCUGUACAGCUUUUUAUGACUUUCCUAUAAUAAUAAGCUGCUAAAAAUUUACAGAAAUUUAGUAAAUUUGAACUGUAUAUGACUAUUAAAAUGUACUAUUUCAUAUCUGCGGCAGCUGAAUAAUAAUGAUAAACUUUUUUUUGAAAAAAGACUUAAAAAAAAAUUCUUGAUGUUUGUAACAAUAAGUUCAUUAGUUCUUUUAGAUGUCAGUAUUUUUGUACUAUAUCAUUUCCCUACCUCUAUUGCUGUCUGCUGUAUUCUAACGUGUAUAUUUCAUGUGCUGGUGGAUACAUGUUUCUUCAGUUUAUUUCUAUGCUAUUGACAAAAUUUUUUUUUUUUACACUGCAAAAAAAUAAAGUAU